GGACCGAACAUUGUAAAAUAUUAUGUGUGACAAAAAUGUAUGUAGAAAACCAACACAAUGCAGGGCAAUUAAUUGUAUCAGCGAACUAUAAAAUCAGUGUACCUUUUUUAUGAAAAGUUAUUUAGUUUUCUGUUGAAAUGCGUGGAAAAAGUAAAAAUUGCAUAAAAGUACAUGUUUUGUUGAUGCUCUGUUUAGAUGAUCGCGGGUAUUAGUUUGCAACACACGAACUCUAUUUUUAUUAAACGGACCUUUCUCGUCAAAAAGUGUACGUGUGGAAUGUGUGUAAAACUGUGUGUUCAACUGAAGUAAAACUAUAAAGCUUCAUAGACCAGACAUAAAGCGUCUUAAAUCUGCUGGAUUCGUUUUUCUAUUCAUUUAAAAUGGCUUUCAACGAAAAGUUCAUAAACUUUCUAAUAAUUACUGCGAUUCUGGUUUCAUACUCUCCCCUAUGUCAGGGAGAAAUAGAUCAUCGAAAUGAACGCUCCAAGGGAGGUUUGUUUGGAUCGAGUUGGGGAUUUACACCGAGCAAAAGAUUUCUGUCGCUAUUUACUGUGGUAACAUGGGGUCAAGGGCAAUGUAUGGCUCCAUCUGGAGAGUAUGGAAGUUGUGUCCCCAACAAUGAAUGUAUUCCUCGGGGAGGUAUUCCCGGUGGACCAUGUGCUGCCGGUUACGGAAUGUGCUGUGUUUUUAUGCAGUCGUGUGGAGGUAUAGCAAGAGAAAAUGGAACCUAUUUCGUAAAUCCGAAUCAUCCAGACGCAUAUGAGGGUACUGGAAGUUGUCAACUGACUAUAACGAAAACAAAUCCAGAUAUAUGCCAGAUAAGGUUGGAUCUCGAUAACUUUGCAAUUUCACAGCCUGAGCCAAUAAAUCAUAUAUGUAAUGCUGACCAGUUUCUUGUGUCUGGCGGCAGUCCAGCUCCCAGCAUAUGUGGAACUUCCCAUGGCGACCAUAUGUACAUAGAUGCCGGACUAGGACAAAGCAAUCCAAUCACGAUAACUGUGAUAACCAGUGGUCCUACAUUUCCACGUACCUGGAGAAUACGCGUCACUCAAAUUCCUUGCGGAAGUAUUUCGAAAGCCGAUCAAGGAUGCUUACAAUGGCACACUGGCGUUUCCGGAAGAGUAAAAAGUUUCAAUUUCGACACGACAUCGGGACGUCAAUUGUCGAAUCAAGACUACAGUAUUUGUAUGAGAACCGAACGCAAUUUUUGUGGUAUUCAAUACACAGCUUGUCCUGAUCAAUCCAAUAACCGAUCCAGAUCGUUCACAUUAUCCGGUAAUUCUAACAGUGUCGUUAAUUCAAUGGUCGGUAGUGGUACACAGGGAACACCAAAUUCAUGUACGAACGAUUGGUUAUUGAUUGGAUGUGCAAAAGUGACGGAUCGUAUACCGAUACCUAAUACCUGUGAGGAUAGAAUUUGUGGUGGUACAUUCAACGCUGAAGUUAGUACGGUUGAUCGAACCGUUCAAAGUAGCGUACGCCCGUUUCGACUUUCAUUUCACUCCGAUCUGAUUGAAGCUCCCAUCGAUUUAGACAACAGAGGCUUUUGCCUAGACUACACUCAACAACCCUGCACUAAUGGAUGAAAAAUGCGCUAAGUAGAAGCAUUCAAUUACUCUAGGCAUAGCUGUGUAUUGCUGUAUAGUUUUGUAAGAACACACUCGAAUAUUCCUAUAAAUAAAAAAUCGAAACCACAUUCACUGCGUUUGUAAUAAU